AUGAAGUGCCUGAACAACCGAGCUGAGAGCCACUUAACUGGACAGGUGGAGUGUGAGCUGGAUGGCAAGAGCAUCGGGGCCUGGGUGAACCAGGGCUUCUGCAGCAGCCCUCCGCCCUUGGCUCCAGCUGUAGGUACAGUCUACAACCUGCAGCCGCAGAUGGACAACAUGUACAGACUGGACACCCCAAGCCCAUUCCCACAGGGACCACCGUGUACUGAGCAAAGCCUGGUGAGGAAACAGAAAGGCUGCUGCUUUUUUAUCAAAGGUUUGUGGGGCACAACUUUGACUAAAAACACUUCAAACAACAGAGAGCUGUUCAUCCGGACCACACUACGAGAGUUACUCGUCUAUAUCCUGUUUUUAGUCGACAUAUGCAUCUUGACGUAUGGCAUGACCAGCUCCAGCACGUACUACUACACUAAAGCCAUGACCGACCUGUUUGUGACGACAGCCAGUGACAGUGGAGUCAGGUUUCAGUCCAUUAGCACCAUGGCUGACUUCUGGACCUAUACCCAAGGUCCACUGCUUGACGGCCUUUAUUGGACCAAAUGGUACAACAACCAGUCAUUAGACAGCGGAGACAAGUCCUUCAUUUACUAUGAAAACAUGCUGCUGGGAGUCCCCAGAAUGAGACAGGUCAAGAUCAUGAACAACUCCUGCAAGGUCCACAGCAGCUUCCAGGAUGAGAUAGUAGGAUGUUUUGAUGUUUACAAUGAAAAGAAAGAGGAUGAGCUCAGCUUUGGUCUCUUCAACGGCACUGCCUGGACCUAUCACACAGAGAAAGAAAUCAAAGGCUCCUCUCACUGGGGCUUGUUGACUACAUACAGUGGAGCUGGGUAUUAUCAAGACCUGGGUCGCACCAAAGAGGAGAGCGCAGCCGUACUGACGGAUCUGAUCGACAACCUGUGGCUUGACAGAGGAACCAGGGCAGCCUUCAUCGACUUUUCUACUUACAAUGCAAACAUCAACAUGUUCUGUGUCAUCAGGUUGUUGGUUGAGUUCCCGGCUACAGGGGGAGCAAUCCCUUCCCACCAGAUAAGAACAGUCAAACUGAUUCGAUAUGUCACCUACUGGGAUUACUUCAUCCUUGGCUGUGAGAUGUUGUUUUGUUUAUUCAUUUUCUACUACGCCGUUGAGGAGAUUCUGGAGGUGGAGAUACACAAGUUCCUUUAUUUCAAAAGCAUCUGGAACAUUUUGGAUAUUAUCGUCAUUUUGCUUGCUGUUGUUGCCAUCGCAUUCAACAUCUUCCGAACCAUCAAAGUGGACAAUUUGCUCGAUAAACUGCUGGAGCAGCCGGAAAUCUACGCUGAUUUCGAAUUUCUGGCCUUCUGGCAAACACAGUGCAACAACAUGAAUGCGAUGAACCUGUUCUUUGCAUGGAUUAAGGUGUUCAAAUACAUCAGUUUUAACAAAACCAUGACCCAGCUGUCCUCCACUCUGGGCAGAUGUGCAAAAGAUAUCCUGGGCUUUGCCAUCAUGUUCUUCAUUGUGUUCUUCGCCUAUGCUCAGCUUGGAUAUUUGCUCUUUGGGACAGAGGUUGAAUCUUUCAGUACCUUCAUCAAGUGCAUCUUCACACAGUUCAGGAUCAUUCUCGGAGACUUUGAUUACGAUGCUAUCGACCGGGCUAACAGGGUUCUGGGACCGCUCUACUUUGUCACCUAUGUGUUCUUUGUUUUCUUUGUUCUACUGAAUAUGUUCUUGGCCAUCAUUAACGACACAUACUCUGAGGUGAAGGCAGAGCUCUCAACCCAGAAAGAUGAGCUACAAUUCACCGAUAUCAUCAAACAGAGCUACAUGAAGACAUUUUCAAAGCUGAAACUCAAAAAGGAGAGAAUAUCAGACGUUCAGAAAGCGCUGCGAUCUGGAUCUGGAGAGAUUGAAUUCAAGGACUUCAGAGAAACACUGAAAGGAAUGGGACAUGCUGAUCAUGAGAUUUCUGAAGCCUUCUCACGCUUUGAUCGCGACGGUAACCAGAUUUUAGACGAGGCUGAACAAGAGAGGAUGAAAAUGGAGCUGGAGAAAAAGAGGGAUGCUCUUUGUGCUGAACUCAACAACCUGGGAAAGGAAUUACUGGAGAAGCCCCCAGCAACAUUCAACGAGCAGAGGAACCACUCAGAUCAAACCUUUGUGGACGAGGAGAAGUUUCUAGGUCUGGUCCAACAGGUGCUCCACCUUGAAAGCUCUGUGGCGGGGAUCACAGCCAGGAUUGAGUUGAUUAUGGAGAAACUGGGAUUACAAGGGAACAAAGCAGCAGAGAAACAGCUCGGGGUCAAAGAUAGUGAUGAAGUUGCCUUAGAUGACGGUGUCCUGAUUUGCUUGGAUCGAGACUCAUCGAGGAGAGUUGGGAACACCAUGUAUGACUACCACAUGUGAUUCAUCUCUGAAAUACAGAAGCACAGGAGAACGGGAAAGUCACACCCAACAACAUUUUGUGCUUAAAGGGAUAUAUAUUUAUAUAUAUAUAUAUAUAUAUAUA